AAUCACAUUGGAAUCCCUUUCGUGUGAAUCACUCAAGUAGAAAUGACAGCUCCACACAUGCGCUGCCCUUUUAUAUCUUAUGCGUAUGAUACUCAUUAUACUGCUGCCAUCUAUAUAUGUGCAUAUUGCUGUCCAAUGGCAUUGUCUCCUCAGUGUAUAAAAAAGUGAUUGGAAGUAAAACAUUGAGAAAAAACAACCUAGAAUUUAGUUCAGCCAUAGCAAGGUUAAAGGGUACAUGGGACAUAAAUAUUGUGUUGUUUGUUAAUCGGUUAUACAAGUUACAUUGUAGGACAGAUCUAAAAGAAAAAGUCCAAUGGCUGAGAAGAACUUAACCAAAAACUGGUGACAUUCUAACUACUGGAAACCCAAGAAGAUAUUAAUAAGCCACAACUGUGUGUUACAGAUUCUUUAACAUGAGUUCAUUUAUUGGAGGUUUACUUUCUAAGGACUAGAAACAGCAUAAUCUUUCUGUGUUUAGUGUUUCAGGUUCAGCCAAGAUGUUGGAGAUAAAUGGGAAUUCAAAAACCUCAGCAUGUGACUUAAGUGCUCUCCUAGAAGCCAGGGAUGUGGCACUCAUAACAUUGGUGGCGGGAGAAACACAGCUGGCAGUACACAGGUCUGUCUUGGUGGCCAAAAGCCCAGUGUUGGCUGCAAUGCUCGCUCACAACGAGAUGGAGACCGGCAACUGUCGCAUUGUAGUCACAGAUGUUGAGCCGAAGGUGCUGCAGCAGCUGCUGCUGUUUAUGUACAAAGAUAGCACUCCGCAGCUCUGCAGUAUGGCGCCACAGCUCUUGGUGGCUGCAGACAAGUAUUGCAUUCUCGACUUGAAGGGACAGUGCGAACUGCAGCUGGUCGAAGAUCUGUCUGUGGAAAACGUCGUGUCGACUGCAUUGCUCGCAUUGCGCCACUCCUGCCCACAUUUGAAGGAAACUGCUGGGUGUUUCCUCAAGGCUAAUCUUGCCAAGGUGAUGGGCACUGAAGGAUGGGCGGAGGCAGUGCGAAACAAUGCUGAAGAAUUUGUGGAACUCAGUCACUUGCUUGCAACAACCAGGAGUGCUUCUCAGAAGGAAAUGGACAGGCAGCUGCUUCAGGCGGCUGAAUCCAGAAGCAGUUUGAAGCGUCUCCUAGCCACAGGGGCAUACGUGGGGGCACGAGACAGGAGGGGGAGGACUGCCCUUCAUUUUCUUGCAGACUACAUUUAUGGCGAGGACGACAUAAAGUUUCUGCUGGAAGCUGGAGCAGAUGUGGAGGCACGGGAUUCGAAUGGUAGGACUGCGCUGCACUAUGCAGCUGCAGUUACCAGGUCACACAAGCAAAGCAUAGAGUGUCUGCGUCAGGCUGGUGCGCGAGUGGAUGCGAGGGACAGGUGGCUCCAAAUACCUCUGCAUUGUGCCGUGCAGGCUGACAAUCUGGAAACUGUUAAGGAGCUUUUGAUAGCCUCCAGUGACGUGAAUGCUGCUGAUGUAUAUGGGAACACACCACUACACCUGGCGGCACAGAGGGGCAACGCAAAUGUGGUAAAGGCACUGUUGGACCUGAGAGCGAAAAAGGAUGCUGAGAACAGCUUGAGAGAGACACCUCUGGAUGUGGCCAAGAAGUGUAAUAAUAAUCAGCUGUUAGCCAUUCUUAGCUGACUCCGCACAGUGCCAUUUUGUGUUGAAGGUGUGAAUUAAUUUUGCACCUGAAGCUUCUCGGCAGAUUAAAACUGUGUGCCAGUUCGAGACUCGAACUCAGGACAUUUGACUUUUGCGUGCAAGUACUCUACCAACGGGAAUAUUACACCUUGUUGGACUGAUUUUGUCACCGUGGAAUGGGGAGCUUCCUGGAUGUGCCUUGUGCCUAUUAGCAUAUGCAUGUAAAGAGAGGAAAAAAUUAUGUCUUUUAAAUAUUUUUACAUUUAUUAAAAGAGCUACAAAAUUAA